AUGUCGAAGCAAGCAUGCGAUUCAUGCAGACAACGGAAAGUCAAGUGCGAUCAACUGUCGCCAACGUGCUCCCCUUGCCAGCUAUCUGGUCUACUUUGUAGCUACUACAAGCCACGUCGGAAAAGGGGCCCGAAACCUAGACAUCGGUCUUUGGCAGUCGGGUCUCGUCAGACCGUGCAGCCUGGUCAUGGAAUGUCAUGUUCCCUAGCAACUCCAGGGAGCACUGCCCCCGUCGAAGAUGCAAGCCGGGGAAACAAGUCUGGUUCUACAAAUGAUUUUAACAACUCACUUGCUCUUUGCCAUCAGACUCUGCUUUCAGCAUUAGCAGCCGAAGGCCGUACACCCCAGGAAACCGUCGAGCGCUGUAUAAGCAUCUACAUGCAAUCUGUGUUUCCUCUCCAACCGAUUAUCUGCGAACCUACUCUUCGCUCGCACGCAUCAUUGAUUUUGCCUUCUGUCAUGACUGGGACAACACAUUCUCAAUCUGGCUGGAUACAGGAGUCGAUCGGUGCAAUCCGGUCGUAUGCAUUGACCACAUCUCUAUGCGCACUCGUUGCUCACAUUCACCCCUGUAAAAAACACCCUCAAGACGACACUAUUUCUUCCCUGUUCCUAGAAUUAUCCCAAGCAACGUUUCGGGCUUUCAUAGACUACGAUAUCACGUACCCAACAGCAGCCUCGCUUGCGAUACGCAUCUUCCAAGUCUCCUGCUAUCAAAUGACGGGAUAUUCGUCCUGUCAUGGCAUAAAGUGGAUGAAGCUGUUCGAUUAG